AUGUCGAAUGUUUCAGGUAAGUUAAGUUCACGUGUUUUAAAUAUGAAAUUUAUGAAGGAGGCCAGACAAGUAGCUGAAGAUAAGCAGCAGGAGGAAGAAGUACUUAAAGUGAAAGAUACCUCUGAAUGGUCUUUAGAAAAUUCGCAUAAUAUUAUAAACACUUUUAAAAAACCACAUAUUGUAAGUAUGGGUGUGUCACAGUUAAAAAGUUUCACCGCCUCAGCCAUUGGCGAUGAAAAUGAAAAAAGUCCUAGACAAAUACAAUCUACUAGUACAAAUUGUGGAAGAAGGACUUUUUCAUCUAAAAAUAAGAAUAUAACAAAUUCUAUCUUACCCAAAACAGAAACUAUUGAACCUGUUAAAAUUAGAGAAAUAACAAAAAGCGAGGGAAAUGUGGAUGAAACGUCCAAGACAAAAAAAUCUAGUGGUAACAAGAGAGUAUACAAAGAUAUUACUAACGAUAAAAACAAAUCAAAUAAAAAAAAUAAAAAAUCAAAAAAGAGCACAUAA